CGACCAUCUACCCCCCAAUCCAGUUUGUGUGCGCUUUGCUCUUGUGAGAGCCAUUAAUUUCCAACUCUGCAGUCGCCUGUCUUGCGGUGCAGGAGAUCUUUGUUUGUGGAAGUUCGUGAGGUGAGGGUUUUGGUUGUGUGAUGCGAAACGCGUUGAAUGGUUGCAUUGUGUGUGACCAGACACCGUGGCUAUUGAAAAUCAGCUUAUCAACAGUGGCUGAUCCUUUUCAACUAUUGCGAGCGCAUCAUACAACUGCAGUGUUUCAUCGCCUCAACAUAAAAGUUUCAUGCUACACGUAGUAAUAUUGAGGAGGGUCGGACCACAAUUUGUGACGGAUUUAAGGCUUAUUUUCCUUUAAAUGUGAACCCGCAAGAGAUUACCUUCCCUAGUUUCCAUGAGGUAGAUCACGUCGCUCUGCAAUCAGCACUUAUAUCGUUUAUCAGCAGCACAAACUCAAUCUCUCACGCACCGAUGGCAAGGAUGUUCAACAGCAGCGACAACUAUGGGUACUCCUCAAGCGAUUGUCCCUCUUCGAAUUCACAUCGUCGGACUUAUAUGUGCAAAGUUUGUGGGAACCAUUUCAACUCGGGACAAUCUCUGGGCGGUCACAUGAAUGUGCACCGAAACGAUCGGAGGUCUCCAAGCAAUUGUCAGUACAAUCGUUCUAAAGGUUCUCCGACCUACUCCUCUCCGGGAGCGGGAAGCGGAGACGAGUGUUCGACACAGUUCAAAGGAGUGCGUUACCGUAAAGAGCAGAACAGGUGGGUGGCCGAAAUAAGACCUCCACGAUCGAGUAAAACUUGGUGGCUAGGCACUUAUUCCACCCCUACAGAGGCAGCAUAUGCCUACGACGUGGCAAUUAAGUAUUUCGGAAGUGAAACGUCCCUCAAUUUUGAUGGUCACCCAGUUUACGACCAAAUCCCUACAAUCUCCACAACUAUGCCAAAGGAUUUCGCAAUGCAGCUCAGAGAGGUGGUAAAAAAGUACGGCAAGUUGGCGAUGCAGUCAGAUGGAAGCGGCAGAGCGUCAUUUUCGUUUGGCAAUGCGUACAAUCCUUAUGAAACUUAUCCGCCUCCAUACACAUGUGCAAGCAACGACGUCGAUUCGGAUGAUGGUGAAGAUGACGAAGAGGAGGAGGAGGAGGAGGAACAGGAGGAACAGGAGGAGAUGGAAGAGGAGGUUGAACAGGAAGAUGAAGGACAACCAGUACAGGAGGAAGAAAACUGGGAGAAUUAUGUUAAUUUUCCUAGGAAUCAGACCACCGAGCAAUCUCUAGAUGACCACGCUCCCAUCGACAAUGAGCAGACGCCAACAUCCAUAUUCGAUGCCGCUGAUCUCAAUGCAUUCAAUGGCGCCAGCUAUCCACCCCAGCAUUCUUCCUUCACGAUGGAUUACGAUCUGAGUACAUACAACUACUGCUUUUCACCUCCGCAGCACCCAUUCUUAUCUGAUUAUGAUUACAACUGUGGUACCUAUCAACCCCAAGCGCAAUUUUGGUCACAAAGCUACCAGUACAGCAGCUACUAAAGUCUCAACUCUGGAGUCCCAAGGUUAUGCCUGAUCUGCUUGAGUUAUCAGCGUAAGAUGUAAGAUAAGAAAUCGUCCUGCCAGAUUUAGUGACGCGAACAUGUAUUAUAAGUGUCUCCGAUGUUCUCCCUGUGCUGUGCUCAGGAUGGCUAGCUGUGCAGGACCUGCUGUAUCAAGUUACUAGAACGUCGAGGAGUCUUUCCGGAAACGUACCCAUUGUGGUAGUCCACGACUAAUUACACUGUCAACUUCGUGUUGUCCUUUUGGUCUUCAGAUGUAAGUUUUUGUGAGGUUCAUGGGCCGGUGGAAUACUUUCAUAGAUAAGCCGUGGACUAGCUUAGCAUGACUUGUAGUUACAAUAGCCAGCAUAGCUAUGAUAUAACAAACUGGGUACUAGGUCAGGGUUGGACUAACUCCCUGGUAGUGUUGGGAAAUCUGAGUUGUAAAAAUGAGCAAUGGAUGUGCAAUGCCAAGCGGAACUAAACUCUGUUGUUUAGUGCUUGGUACCUAAAUUUUGUCCACAUGGGUCGUUCUUGCCGCUGGAGUGAGCCUGCAUAUUUUCAAGCAUAAAGCAAUUUGUUACUGUA